AUGCCUGCUCCGUUCUCUUCUACCUUUGCUUCCGCUGCGGCGAGUACGAAUGGAGAUAAUACCGCCAAUAGGAGGGACAAUGCCGGUUCUAGUGAAUGGUCGCGCCGUGUCAAUGGUGCCACUCAGACCUUCCGCAGACCUUCCUCCGCCACCACGUCUUCGCAAACACAAUCACAGGCACGCGACAGCGGAGGCAACAACGGCGCCGCGUAUAUUCCUCCUCACCUCAAUUCCAACAACAGCUCUUCGGCCCAACCGCGAAAUGCUCCUUCGGGCGGAAGCCGCUACUCCAAAGACCAACUGCUGAGCAUAUAUCAAAGCCUCAAGGAGUCUUCAGCUCUCGAUCGGAAUCUGCCAGAUGUUUUUCAGGGGACUUGGGACCCUCUGGAAGCUAAGAAUGGGAACGCAAAUCAAGGUACCCGUACGGAUGGGAAGGACCCAGCUCCUGGACCUGAAGUCUGCUGGAACUACAACGUUAACUCGGAGCCGUUUGGACUGACGAGCAUGACUGAGGAGGAAAAGCAGCUCUUCUCGACUUCCGUCAAUUCGCCGAUAAAACCACAGCAGCAGAUUAACCCGAAGGACGGCACGGGAGUUGGGGUGAUUGGUGGGCGCAAGGUCUCUUCGUCGGCAUACAGCAGCACGCCUGGUGGUGCAAGACCUGGGACACGCCGCAGGGAAACCAGUGAUUCCUUCAUGAGUACAGGUGGUCCAAUGUCGCCGGCAGAGAACAAGACCUUUGCAAACACUGCCACUCCUCCACCCGCACUGUUACGACGCCGUACAGACUACAAGGAAGAGGAAGCUCCCCCAGGUUCAAAAGAGGAUUCUGCCGCAGAUGAGCAGGCGGAAUCGCAGCCUUCCAUCCCAGGUUUGCGGAGAACAGGCACUGGUCCGUACAGUGCCGGGUUGAACGCACCUGCCUCACCAUGGUCAGCCGGUGCACAGCCGUCUGGAUUUGGUACUAUGGGGAGUUUUGGCAGCUUCGCGAUCGGUUCUCCUGCCUCGACAGAACCCAGCGAUAAAAGACUUGGUUUUGGUAGCGCUCGGGGAAGCCGCUUUAAGGAUCUUUUGUCAAAGACCAGCUCGGAGGACAUUUCUCAGAGCGUCAAGGAUCUGAAUACUUUUGGUUCUCUCGAAAAACUACCCGAGGAGGACACUGGCUCGGCGCCGACCAGACUACGCGAUGAUUUUAGAACCCGUCCAGGCCGCAGCGAGACUAACCCCUACGAAGAUGCGCCGGUUCGGACAGGAAGCGCAGCACUGGGAGGCGCACAGGAUAGUGGACCUGGCAAUCAUGGGAUGGAGCAAGUUGGAGCUUCUGCCUUUGGCCCUCCGUCGAAUACUGGCACGCGGGACUUUGGUCAAGACGAUCAAUUUCCGCCCACCCUUCAAGGACGAUUCAAUCCCCUCGAACCUAUGAGCCCGACCAACACCAACCCGUACCAAAGCCCUCAUGGACGAGUUGAAGAUGAUGAGCGGGAUACCAAUGACUCAACGUCGCAAGCUUCAGGACUUCCUCCUUUUGGAGCCAGUCGCCGCACCAUGUUCCCAGGAUCUGAAGACAGACAAGCUGGAACUGGUAUGCGCGGUCCCAGCGGAUUUGGUGGUCUGUCUGGUUUUGGUGGGCUGGGCGGUAUGCCUACCUGGUCGACCGCUGGACUGGGUUCUGGUAAACCUCCCUUGGAUCGAGGAGUGAGCUCUGCGUUUGGCGACCCGCUGUUCAGUCCCCUUUCGGACUUGCAGUCACCCGGUGCGGGAGGUCUUGGGGGUGGUUUCUUUGGAUCGGGCGGCUUCGGUUCUGCAGGCCGUGUCAGUCGCCUCGGUGCAAUGUUUCCGCCAGCGAUGCAAGAACAGAUGCGUGGGGACAGCCGGAACGAGAUGACGCCGAACUCUUUCGAGUCGCGUCCAGACAGCGCCCAGCAACAGUCUAUCCGUGACGCCUUUGACAACACCGGAAGGCGACCGGAAGGCCUGGGACGAGGACUUGGACAACCUGAUGAGUCGCCAUCUCUGAGAAAUGUCGAUGAAGCAGGGAACCAAGGCACCUCUGGUCAGUUUGGAUCGGCACCCACAACGGCAAACCCUCUUGCAACUCCACAGGCCGCGGCAGCCAGAGCAACUGGGGCCGAGAACGUCUCGGGACAUGGUCUCAGUCAGUCAAGUGGAAGCAACUCGUCUAGUCAACUGCCUGCUGCUCAACAACGACAAAUGGUCAUGCCAGAUCGCAUGCGCUGGAUUUAUCGCGAUCCCCAAGGCAACACUCAAGGUCCUUUCUCCGGUUUGGAGAUGCACGACUGGUUCAAGGCUGGAUUCUUUACUGCCGAUCUGCAGGUCAAGAAGCUGGAAGAUAUUGAGUACGAACCUUUGGCUCAACUCGUCCGGCGCAUUGGCAACUCACGCGAACCGUUCUUGGUGCCACAGAUCGGGGUACCUCAUGGGCCUCCCAGUGCGGGACAAGGAAACCACUGGGCGAAUACUUCCAUGGCCGGCGGGACGACUCAACCUCCAUUUGCCAGCAGUUUCCCAAGCUUUGGCACAACCUUGACCGCUGAACAACAGAACGCUCUGGAAAGACGGAAGCAGGAAGAACAGUUUCUCAUGGCGAGACAGAAGGAGCAUCUAGCUCAGCAGCAAAUGGCCAUGAAACACAUGCAGAUCCAAGGCGGGAUGCAUUCAUUGCAACAUCACUCCUCCGCUCACUCGCUACAAAGCCAACCGAGCUUUGGCAGCAUUACGUCUCCGGCUGGUUAUCACCCAUCACCUAUGCCGGCCCCGAUCCAACCGCCGCAAGCUAGUGGCUUGCCUUUUGGUCAGGCAGGAGCGGCCGCUGCAGGCCCGGCCUUUGGCGUGGAAGCCAGGGCUGGUAGGGACGAUGAUCUACAGUCCAUGAUGGAACGCAUGAACUUUGGUCAGCGAGGCAAUCUUCCAUUCUCAGGCGCCCCAUUAGGUCCUUCGCCAGCAGAUGUCGGCCCUCCUCCGGCCGUCGGUACCAUGCUUCAGGACAGAGCUCGGCUGCAACAGCAGCAGCAGCAGUCCGACAUGCGGGGUCAUCAGGAUGCUUUUUUAGGGCCACAGGGCCGCAACGACCGCUUGGACGAGUUCCACCUACUUCGUGGACAAGAGGAUAUCCAGGCUGGUCGUCUCGGCCCUGACGAGGCUCGACCGCAACCCAUUGGCGCUCAACGUCAUGUCGAUGAACAUUCAACCACAGCACCGGCACAAAAGGCGCCCGGCCCAAUUGGUCAUCCGCCGCCCGUGGCUAAGGCAGAGCAUGAGCCCUUGUCGCUUUCCCAGCAAGUGCAGAUUGCCGCAGCUAGUCAACAAGCGGCAGCCGAGGAAAGCGCGCGAUCGAAGAAGGAUACUCCGGUUGAACCGCCGCCGGUGUCGAUUUCUCCUUUGCCUGCUCCUGCAGCUCAGCGCAACCGACAGCAUGUUGCAGAUGCCCUACAAGCCGAGUCGCGAUCAGCAACCCAAACUCCUGUCGAGACCCCCACCGUUUCCAUUGCUCCAUGGGCUGAGCGAAUCGCAGAUCAUCCCAAGGGACCGUCAUUGAAGGAGAUUCAAGAAGCCGAGGCCAAGCGUGCCGCCGAACAAGAAGAAUUGGCCGCAGCAGCUCGGCGGGCUCAGGCAGAGCAAGAGAGAUUGGCUCAAGCUCAUAUCACCGCGGCGCCCGUUCCAGGUCUUCCGUCGACAUCCACUUGGGGCAGCUCUGCCUCCCCAGUGACCGCGGGAACUCAAGCUACGUCUGUUUGGGCCAAACAGACCCCAGUCAAACCCAGCGCCGGGACUGGCACGCCGGCCAAGAAGACAUUGGCUCAGAUUCAAAAAGAGGAAGAGGCACGCAAACAACGUGCCGCCGCUGCGGCUGCGGCUGCCAGUGCUCAAAAUGCCGGCAGUCCGGCCUCAGCAGCUGUUGGCAAGCGAUAUGCCGAGCUGGCCAGCAAAGCCACACCUACAGCACCAGCUGCGGUCGGAGGGGCUUGGACGACGGUUGGUUCGGGUGGUGGUAAGGCCAAGACUCCUGCCGCCGUCGUUGCCACCCCUCAGCCGGCUUCGCGUACCGUUAGCAGCUCUGCCGCCAGUGCGGCUAAAGCACGACCUGCCGUUCAAACUGCUCGGAGUACCACGGUGUCGAACCAAAGCAAGGCAAAUGAAGAAUUCGCCAAAUGGAUCAAGGGUGCUCUUGGCAAGGGGCUGAACAGUAACAUCAAUCUCGAUAGUUUCGUGCAAGAUUUACUGCAAUUGCCACCCGAGAUUGAAAUCAUUUCGGAUUCGGUGUAUGCCAGUUCUCAAACGCUCGACGGUCGACGAUUUGCCGAAGAAUUUGUGCGACGCCGCAAACUGGCCGACAAGGGCAUUGUCGAGCCGGCGGCUAACGGUACCCUGCCUGGUGGAGCAGACGGUAAGAACGGCGGUGGUUGGAGUGAAGUUGCCAAAAAGGGACCACCGACAACAAACGCCCGAGAAGAAAGUAACGCUGCGUUCAAGGUUGUUGCGAAGAAGAAGGGAAAGCGGUGA